UGCAGGAGGCGCUGUGGCCCCGAGCUGCGGCGGUCACUCUGGGCCGGCGGGGAGGAGCCGUCGCUCGGCGUCCGUCCACGCGCCCGCCAUGGCGCCCUCCGUGUUCGCGUUGACCCGGCUGCUGAACGCAGGUGUCCGGCCCGGUUUCCUGCGGACGGCGGCCCCGGGCGCGGCGUGGCCCAGCGACAGGGCCCUCGGAGGCGCCGCGGUCCCCGCAGUCGGCGAGCCGGAGGGCGGCGGAGAUUCUCAAAGGAAGCUUCUGGACGAGCCCCUCCGGCACUCCGACUUCUUCAAGGUCAAGGAGCUGUUUUCCAUGAAAAGCCUCUUCGAUGCCCGAGUGCACCUGGGACAUAAAGCUGGCUGUCGGCACAGGUUUAUGGAACCAUACAUCUUUGGGAGCCGCCUGGACCAGGACAUCAUCGACCUUGAGCAGACCGCCUCGCACCUCCAGCUGGCGUUGAAUUUCACCGCCCACGUGGCCUACCGCAAGGGCAUCAUCCUGUUUGUGAGCCGCAACCGGCAGUUCUCACACCUGAUCGAGAACAUGGCCCAAGACUGUGGCGAGUACGCCCACACUCGGUACUUCAAGGGUGGCCUGCUGACCAACGCCUCCCUGCUUUUUGGCCCCACAGUCCGCCUGCCGGACCUCAUCAUCUUCCUGCACACGCUCAACAACGUCUUCGAGCCCCAUGUGGCUGUCAGAGAUGCGGCCAAGAUGAACAUCCCCACCGUUGGCGUCGUGGAUACCAACUGCAACCCCUGCCUCAUCACCUACCCCAUCCCUGGCAACGACGACUCGCCCUCAUCCGUCCACCUCUACUGCAGGCUCUUCCGGAUCACCAUCAACCGGGCCAAGGAGAAGCGCAGGCAGAUGGAGGCCCUGCUUCGGCUGCAGGACCCAGAGAGGGCCACGGGACAGCCAGACCCCCUUCCUCAGCAGUCAUGAGCUGCUCCUGUGGCAUGCCACACCCUGCUUCGGCGCAAGACAGCCAGGCCUGCCGUCCUUUGCCCAGUCCGGGCCCCAUCAGCAUUCUCCGUCCAUAAGGAGUUUGGGACUUCGUUACCAGGGACAGCACUCAGCCACCUUCCCAGGGUGUACCCAUCCUGGGGCUGAGCACCCUGAGGCUUGCCUGUGUCUUUUCCAUGGGGAGCACCUCAGUUGCUAGAAAAUGUUCUUCCUGGCACUUGAGAAGUUCUAGCAUUAGGGCUGGGGUGGAGCUCAAUGGUAGAGGACUUUCUGGCAUGCACAGGGCCCUGGGUUCAAUCCCCAGCACUGCCUGCCCCUGCCAAGAGCCCUUUAAAAAUACCUAUCUGCUCCUCAGAA